AUGUCGCACUCCGCCCUCCUGCCGGCCGCCUCUGUGGUGCACAAGAAGCCCUGGACCGAGGAGGAGGAUCGGGCGCUUGUUGCCGCCGUGCAAAAGUACGGGCCGUGCCGCUGGUCCGUCAUCGCAACCAGCAUCUCGACUGGGCGCGUCGGCAAGCAGUGCCGCGAGCGGUGGAACAACCACCUCUGCCCAAACGUGAAGAAGUCGGGGUGGCUGGAGGAGGAAGAUCAGGCAAUCCUCAGCGGCGUCGCCGCGAUGGGCACGCGCUGGUGCGAAAUCAUCAAGUCGCCCCGCCUCUCUGGCCGCACCGACAACUCUAUCAAAAACAGAUUCUAUUCUUUGCAGCGCCGC